GUGUUCGUGCAGCGCUGUAGUCCCCCCGGCUGCGUCUUCUCCCACUCCACUCCGCCCUGCCUCGCCCGAUUCAGCUCUGCAGCUCGAAGCAGCGGCCAGGCCCAAGGAGAAGGAACGAAGGAGCUAGCUAGCUAGCCGGAACGAGAAGCAGCGCCGCCGCCGCUCGAGCUCAUCCAUCUCGACGGCAGAACGACGAUGGCCGCCAUGAGGCACCGGGCGCGGUCCUCCCCCACCUCCCCGCUCACCCCGUCCUCCAGCGCCAGAACAAAGAAGAUACUUGGUUUCUCUGUAUCUCUUAUCCUCAUCAAUCUGGCUUCGAUCAUGGAGCGUGCUGAUGAGAAUCUCCUUCCAGCAGUUUACAAGGAAGUCAGUGCAGCCUUCAACGCUGGUCCUACUGAUCUGGGAUACCUCACGUUUCUAAUGAACUUUCUGAAGUCAAUAGCAUCUCCCUUGGCAGGUAUCCUUGCUCUUCAUUAUGACCGGCCCACGGUGCUCACAAUCGGGACCGUCUUCUGGGCCUUAUCAACAGGGGCUGUUGGUGUUAGCCAGCAUUUUGGGCAGGUUGCAUUCUGGAGAGCUGUAAACGGCCUUGGGCUUGCCAUUGUAAUACCAGCGCUCCAGUCAUUCAUUGCUGAUAGCUACAAAGAUGGUACACGUGGCGCAGGAUUUGGUUUGUUAAGCCUCAUUGGUGCUGUAGGUGGUAUAGGUGGCAGCAUUUUGGCAACAAUCAUGGCUGGGAAAGACUUCUGGGGAUUCCCAGGAUGGCGUGUUGCAUUUAUGAUGGUCGCACUUGUCAGCUUGAUAAUUGGAAUUCUUGUGUACUUGUAUGCAACUGAUCCAAGAAGGAUACCUGGCAAUCAUCUUCUUGAUGAAGACGAUUAUGAGAGGUUUCAUUUGUCUAGCAAAGAUGUUCUUCCUCCGCCUUCUAUCUGGAGGGACUCUUGGGUGGCAACAAGAUCUGUUAUGAAAGUGAAGACCUUCCAGAUCAUUGUCCUGCAAGGGAUAAUUGGCUCAUUGCCAUGGACUGCCAUAGUUUUCUUCACAAUGUGGUUUGAACUCAUUGGUUUUGACAAUAACAGUUCAGCAGCGCUGAACAGCCUAUUCGCAAUCGGGUGUGCCAGUGGAGCGUUUAUUGGAGGGGUGCUAGCAGACCGCCUGUCGAAGCACUUCCCAGAUUCGGCACGUGUCAUGUGUGCCCAGUUCAGUGCCUUCAUGGGCAUCCCAUUCUCAUGGAUCCUACUCACAGUCAUCCCCCAGUCAGUCGACUACUGGUACGCCUUUGCCGUCACCCUCUUCUUCAUGGGCAUCACAAUAAGUUGGUGCGCCACUUCUGCGAACAACCCCAUGUUCGCAGAGGUGGUCCCUCCCAAGCACCGCACCAUGAUCUACGCCUUCGACCGUGCAUUUGAAGGCUCUUUUGCCUCCCUAGCCGCCCCUGCCGUGGGCCUGGUCACGGAGAAGAUAUAUGGCUACGAUGCCAAGACUGUGAACCUUGCGAACGGAUCUGCGGAAGGGGCGUACGCGCUCUCGCGGGGGCUGCUGACGAUGAUGAUUGUGCCUUUCGGUGUCUGCGUCCUGUUCUACAGCCCCCUGUACCUUGUGUUCAAGCGCGACAGAGAGAACGCGAAACUGGCCAGCUUCAAGGAGCAGGAGCUAGUGUGAUGAUGUGAAUGUGCUGUCUUGUUCAGCAUUCAGCACCUCUGGCACUGUGCAACAGAGAAAGUAUGGAGCAAGCCUUAUUCAGUCUGAUUGAAGACAAAACCCGUCCUUUUAGUGCCGAUUGCGCAUCCAACAAGCCAUUCUGUGUUUCAGUGGCUACCUGGUCAUGAGAGACUGUUGGGGAACUAAGAGAAAGAUAUCUGCGUGAUUCUUUAACAGAGCAUUCAAGCUCCCACUUGUACUGGCCGGCACACUUUUCAUUUGUUUCUUUUCUUUUUUGCUUUUUGUAAACCUGAACAUGAACAAUAGAGACAAGCUGAUGCGACUUAGUGGCUUGCUGCUAGUUUAACAGAUUCACAAAUAUCUCUUUUUUUUUUUGGAGCAUCACAAAUGUCUCAUCUGAUCAAGGAGACCAAUCCAGUUUCCAUAGGUAGCACAACCUUGCUUCUAUUGAUUCUGAAAGCAGUGCUAGCAGUUUGAUUU